CAAAUCUUGCCCAUCGAAUUCGAUUUAGGAUAGGUUCGUGCGUAUGUGUACUGCUGACAUGGGUGUCAUUCUUCAAAUGACAUGUAUCUUCUAACGCGUGUUCUGGCCCCAACGAAACGUUCAGCGAAAGUAACCCGUUCCCGUACCCGAUUCGUCUCUCUCGGCAGCACUACCGGCUAGUGCUUUUUGCUCUGCUUUUUCCGCUACUUUCCCCAAUCGACCAAUUUGAUUUCAUUUUUUCAACCGAACUUAUGCGGAAAACUUGGCUUGCUUGCCUUGCAUACCAUCGUGGGCUCCUUCUUCUCUUUCAUUUUCCUUCUGGAGGCCCGCCACAUGCCACUCGCUUCCAGUGAAAGUGAAUGGUCGCAUUUUGGUGUGUUGUUUGAUCCGUAAAAAAGCAGUCCGUCUCAAUGCAUUUACAAAAAGUGCUUGUGGCUUCACUUCCGUUUAUGCAACGCGUCCGGCAGCACACUUUACAGAAUGUUGUUUUGCCGAAACCACAUACCUAUGACCGGAGAUUAUAUGGCAAAAAUACUGGACCUGAUGCAGGCGUUGGGCCACCGAUAGACGAAAGUCGUCAGUUACUCGCAAAGAUCCAAGCUGAGGUGCAGAAACUUUUGGCCCUCAAGGAGCAGCAGAAGGAAAUGGGCUUUUCGUCUGCAUACGAAAGUGAGUCGUCGUCGCGUGAAACAGCGGGUCCGGCACCGGCGAACCGUAAUCUAGCACUGAAAACAGCUAAAGGCACUCGUGAUUAUGGCCCAGAGGCGAUGACGUUGCGGCAGCGCGUGCUCGAUCAUGUAGUAAAGGUUUUCAAGCGGCACGGAGCCGAAACGAUCGAUACGCCGGUGUUUGAGCUCAAAGAGGUAUUGACGGGCAAGUACGGCGAGGAUUCAAAGUUGAUCUAUGAUCUAAAGGAUCAGGGAGGCGAGUUGCUGGCUCUGCGGUACGAUCUCACCGUACCAUUUGCACGUUACGUUGGCAUGGGUAACGUGUUCAAUAUUAAGCGCUAUCAUAUAGCGAAAGUAUACCGACGGGAUAACCCGCAGAUAACGCGAGGCCGCUACCGUGAAUUCUAUCAGUGCGAUUUCGAUAUCGCCGGCACGUACGAUCCGAUGCUGCCGGACGCAGAAUGCGUGAAAGUGGUCGCUGAAAUACUGGACGAGUUGAACCUGGGAGAGUUUACGGUGAAGCUCAACCAUCGGAAACUGCUAGAUGGGAUGUUCGAGGCGUGUGGCGUGCCAGCAGAUAAGUUCCGUACGGCCUGCUCAUCGGUCGACAAGCUGGACAAGACACCGUGGGAAGAAGUACGACAGGAGAUGAUUAACGAGAAGGGUUUGUCAGAAGCGACCGUAGAUCGCAUCGGUGAGUACGUGACGCUGAGCGGUGGCAUCGAACUGGUGGACCGGCUGUCAGAGGACGAGCAUUUAAAGGCUAUACCGUGCGCCAUGGAAGGUUUGGCAGAUAUGCGCUUAUUGCUGCAAUACUGCGAUAUCUUUGAAAUUGGGCACCGCAUUGCGUUCGAUCUAAGUUUGGCCCGCGGUUUGGACUACUACACUGGCGUCAUUUACGAGGCUGUACUGCGUGGCAGCAAUCCGGAUGAUGAAGUUGCGGUCGGUUCUGUUGCCGGUGGUGGCCGUUACGACAAUCUGGUGGGCAUGUUCAACCCCAAGCGAAAGCAGGUCCCGUGCGUCGGUGUUUCCAUUGGCGUUGAGCGAAUUUUCUCCAUUCUGGAAGCCAAGUCGAUGGGCCUGUUUCGCACCAACGAAACUGAAAUUUAUGUGAUUUCUGCGCACAAGGGACUACACCUAAAGCGGCUCGAAAUGCUUAACAAACUGUGGAAAGCCGGUAUCAAGGCGGAGCACUCCUACAAACUGAAUCCAAAACUGCUAGCUCAACUACAGCAGUGCGAAGAGGAUAUGAUCCCAUAUGCAGUCAUUUUAGGCGAUGGCGAAUUAGCUCGGGGUGUCGUGAAGCUUCGUGAAAUCCGCUCUCGAAAGGAGGAAGAAGUGCCGCUUGAAUCUUUGAUCGAGCAUAUUCGUACUAAGCUCCAGACACGUAAUCCUAGUUCUGCACAGUAAAACUUAUUCACUGACAUUCACGCACUCAAACUAUCUAAACCAUUACACUACCAAUCGAAUAGGAGUAUAUUUGUUGCUGAGCUGUUUAAAUUUAAGGCACAUCCUAGUGUCACAUUGUUUACGUUUACUAUGCGUUUAGUUCAGUUAUGCGAAACAGCACACUUUACGGAAUCACUAUGAAAAAAAACACGAUGGAAUCUAGGUGCAAGUAAUUGCCCUAUACAGAACAAUACCGCUUAUCUUUUUUUUUAUAUAAAAUAUCAGACCCUUAAAAAAUAUACUAUCCUGUUAAAAAUG